UGGAGCUGGUUUGUUUUGAUUUCAGAAAGAAAUGUCUCGUGAACUAAGUAACUGGCAAGAACUGUUAGAUUCUUUUACCAAAACCGGCGUAAAACAAGGGAAAGUCAACAAAAUUCAUCAAAUAAAAAACAGUAAUGCCGACAGAAUUAAAGAAAUUCUACAGGAUGAGGAAUUGAGAGGGGUGUUGAUAAAAUGGAUGAAUCACCAGAUAAAGCGUGAGCAAUCCGAUGAAGCAACUAAAUAUUUUCGGGAGGUUGGAAACAGACAGUUUUCUCUCAAGGAUUACUCAUCAUGUAUAGAAACAUACACCCAAAGCAUUCUCAGUUGCCCUGAGGAAAGUGAAGUUGAAAAAAGUUUGGCCCUUGCUAAUCGUUCUGCCGCCCUAUUCCAAUUAGAGUUAUAUGAAGACUGUCUUGAAGAUAUCAAGUUGGCGAUUAAAAAAAAUUAUCCUAGUCACUUGCUGCCUAAAGUUUUAAUCAGAAAAAUGAAAUCGCUUAAAAAAUUGGGCAAAGAAGAAGAUUUACAAACAACAAUAGAAGAAUUAGAGUCUGUCAUGAAACACUUGCAAAUGACAGAGAAAGGAAAAAUCCAGUCAGAUAUUAGGUCUGUGUUGCUGGAUAACCAAGAUAACGAGAAUGGUCCAAGGGAAGCAUUAUCAGAAAAAGAAGAUCUGGUUUUUCCUUAUUGCGGGGAAAACUCUUCUUUUAAAGGAGCAAGUUCUGCCUUGAAUAUCAGCCACUCGAAAGAAAAAGGGCGCUACGUUGUAGCUAACAGAGAUAUUAAAGCUGGAGAAACUCUUUUUGUGGAGCAACCUAAUGCGUUGGUGGUUUUGCCCGACUUCCAGACUUCUCGAUGUCAUCAUUGUACUCGUCACUCAUCAGCAAAACGAUAUCCAUGCUUGGCUUGCGGUAAAAUUUGGUUCUGCAGCGAUUCCUGCCGCCAAGAAUCAUCCUGUUACCACAAUUUUGAAUGUGGACUUGAAGCGGUACUGAACUCUGUUGGAAUUGCCCAUUUAGGAGCGAGAAUUGUUCUCUCUCAUGGACUAGAUUCAGUGUUAGCCUUUCUGAAAGAUACCGAUAAAGUGAAAAAAGUGCCUGGUAUUGAUGGGCCAUACGACACUAAGAGUUACCAGGUUAUGUUCCAUCUAGUCUCUCAUACUGAACGGAUGGCUCCUGAAGAACUUUACCAAUACGCGUUGACUGCUGCUUUCCUAACUUUGCUACUGGAACAACACUCGUCAUUUUUUCAGUCAGCCUCUCUAGAGUCUCAGUAUCUAGUUGGUGGCCUGAUUUUGGUUCACGUCUGUCAGAUGGUGAGCAAUGCCCACGCCAUUACGGAGCUCUGCCUUAUAGACGAGAAUAAUGAAAGACAAGAAAGAAUUGCAACCGCCAUUUAUCCUUCUGCCAGUCUCAUGAAUCACAACUGUGAUCCGACCGUGAUCAAUAGUUUCCAAGGUAAUACGCUGAUUGUGCGAGCUAUCCGUAAUGUUCGCCAAGGAGACGAAGUAUUCAAUUGUUAUGGACCACAUUAUCGCCGAAUGAGAAGGAGUGAAAGAGUAGAAGCUCUAGAAGCACAAUACUGCUUCACUUGCACCUGUGAUUCUUGCCUCGAUAAAAAUACUGAAGAUUUCCAGGACGUUAUAUAUUCAUUCAUGUGCCCGUCUUGCCAAGGAUCUCUCAUCAACCCCACCGGAAAUAAUCUAUCCGCUCAGAAUCAGAUGGCCCUAUGCAGGUCGUGCAAAACACCUCAAAGUUAUUUCACCCAGCUAAAAGCGGAUUUAGAGGCAGUGUCACUUGAUGCCAGAGGAACGGAAGCGAUGGAUCAAGGAGAUAUUAUGGGAGCAAUCAAACUGUUAACUAAGUGCGUGCAAUUACGUAGCAAAGCUUUGUUCAAAGGGCAUCCGGAUUUGGGAAAGAGCGCUGACAAGUUGGCCCAGUGUUACGCUUUUAUAGGGAAAUACGAAGAAUGCGAGAAAAUGCUACGAAUCUCUCUCACCGCUGUUGAGCAUCGCUAUGGUCGGUACAGCAUUGAAAUGGCAAACGAGAUGCAGAAAUUCACGGAUGUGUUGAUGGAGUUGGCGUCGGGCAGAAAUCAGCGUGCGCGUGAUGAGCUGGUUAAUUAUUUAGAAGAAGCAAUGCUCAUCUACCGAAUCCACUACGGUCCCUGGAGCACCAGUUACAAAGAGUUACAAUCCAAAAAAGUCCAUUUGACUUCUCUGUUGAUGAACUAAACCUCGAGUUAACUUCAUGCGAAAACAAAGUUUCUUCAAUUUAAAAAAUCAUUCGAGUUUAUAUGGAAAAUCAUGAAUGAAAUCCAACAAAAUAAAAUGCAAAUAGUACGAAGAAGGUACUUCAGAAAACAUGAAUACGGGCCUCUCGUGAAAUUUGUAAACACAAUGCUUCUUAUUGUGGUCCCUAAGACCUGACUCCCGGUGAUUUCUCGUGUCGUGUCCCUUGUACAGGAUUUAUCUCUACCAAGAUGCAGAACUUUAAGUGAUGACAAGGAAGAAACGCGAAAGGAAGCAUUCGCCUUCAAGUAGCCUACGAUCAACCCUUUCGUAAUCGACGGUUUGCUGAAUGCAUCAUACAGUGAAUACAGGUCACUAACCCCAGUGUGGACAUACAUUGUUUUUUUCCGAACAUGUUUUUCUACAAAUGUUGCAUCAUUGACACUUGACAGGCAAAGAAAGCUAAAGGCCAUGGGUAAUCUUCAGGUUUAAUGCAGCAACUUCCGAGAAGUCACAUGAAAAGAUGCAGGGCAUAUACCAACAUUAGUUGCAUUUUUCUGAAUGUUUUACUCAAGUAGUAGUCAAAGCUAGUUAGAACUCUAACUCAGAUACAGAAGACUGCUGCUGCUGCCUUACAGCCAAAGAUAGAAAAAUUAUUAAAUUACUCUCCUUCUUCAGACAAUUGGAAAACUGUUGGAGUAAUCUCCUCGUCUUCAGCACUUGACUCAUUACAUCUUCUGGAUAGCUUAGAGAAACCUGGUUGGUGUUAUCAAGUCAUUUAGAUAAUGACUGAAAGGAUGCGGCUUACAGACUGUGAACAUCAGACGGGAUCAGACUUCAGCAUCUCUACGACAGAAACGUGCAAUGACAUCCUACAUUUUCUACGCGGAUCAUCUAUUGUUAUUGUUGGUAUCAGUGUUUUCUUAUUUAACCCGUUGGCUGCCACGCCUUUGUUCUCCCAUGUAUUAGCUCCUUAGCACGGGCCGCACUGUUUGGUCUCUUGGUCCUAUGUGCCUUGGGAUCGAACAGUUGCACCUGCCCCAGAUUCGCCGAAAGGCCCUGUUAGGCAAUGCACCAUAGGGACUUC